UGUGGAGUCGGCCUGCGCAGGAGUCGGCCUGCGUGCCUGCCUGGCAGCCCUUCUCGGCAUUUGUCACAUGCACUGGAGAAGCCUGGGCUUGCUUUUUCGGCAAAUAAUGGGUUUGCGCCUGCGGUAUCAGCGCAACUCUGGUGUGCUGUGUAAAACGCUUCUCCACCAGUUGCACCUUUCUUUGCAGAACAACAGUACAUUACGGGACUUAUUUAUUGACGCAUAUUUUUUGGAAUGAAGUAGAAAGCAACAUAGAAAAGGUGCAAUUAUUUAUAAGUAAUGACAGUUCAUUUAUCCUUGGACACAUACCUAGUCUUUUUGAUUAACCCAAAAAGUCUGUGGUGGAAGCAGAGAAACAAAUACCUGUGUUUCUGUAGACCUAAAGACUGCUGGAGGAUAAAUCAUGCUGCACACCUGAGAGUUUUUCAUACAAGUGAGCCUUGGUGUAAGUGGGCCAGGAGCAGAACGUUUUGGUAUAACAAGUACAUUUAUAGCCAUGAGUUUUUAUACUACAGAGUUUCCAAACUUUUAACUUCUUCUUCUAAGGGACUUACAAGGGUGAGCAUUCGCAUGUCACGAAUUAAGAAUACUAUAGAAUCUGUUUCAAAGGCAGUUUCUGGCACUCACAGUGAACUGGUGUCACGGAUAGCUCGAUUAAAGUCCCACUCAGGUACUUCGGGUAAAACAAAUAAAAGUAGUGCAGAUGCAAAUAACAUCAGCACAAAUCUAGAAAAUGAUAAACAAGUUACAGAUGUCAGAAGUCAGGAUGAUUGCAACAGAGGCCCAGCUGCAAGGAAAUCCACUUGUGCAAGUGAAAAUUUGGAAUCUCUGUUAGCAGGUUCAAGCAGCACUUCGCAAGAAACUCCAGAAGUUUCAGCAUCUAGUAAAAACCACCUUUUUCAUGUAAGCUACUUUUCUACAAAUUUUGGAGAGACUUACAACUUCGUAGCUGAUCAUAUCAACUCUUACUUUAAUAAUUCUCUUAUGGAACAAGGAAGAAAAAAGAAUGCUUUAUUACAGGACUCUGAAAGUGAAGAGAGGAAUAAGCUUGAUUCAUCAGCAAAUACUGUAACAAGUGAAGAAAAGAGAGUGGAUUCAGCAGGUACUUCGGCUCCUGAAGCAGAGACCUUGGGUACUGAAAAGACAAAUACUGCCCUCCCGGUUUCCACUAAAAAAAGUAUUGCAAACUUUCUUUCAUAUCCCAGUAACAGUGUGCAAGCUUUUGUAGACAGCUAUAUUGGUGGGUUGGUUCCAAAGUUAAGAUCUGAUACAAAAGUUGUUCCACCAGAAAAGAGUAAACAGAAAGAACAAGAAGUGUCUGAGAAGAGUGAUGAGGACAAAACAAAAGAGGCCAAGACUGCAGAAGAGAAGGAAAAGCAUCUGUCUCUUCAGAGAGAAAAGAUCAUUGCAAGAGUGAGUAUUGAUAACAGGACUCGAGCUUUAGUUCAAGCAAUACGGAGAUCCUCUAAUCAAAGAGUCUGCAUCAACAGGGUUGAAGAACUCACCUAUCAUCUUCUAGAAUUUCCAGAGAGCAGAGGAGUUGCAAUUAAGGAAAAAUUAAUCCCUUGCCUGCUGCGACUGAGACAGGCUAAUGAUGAAAGUCUUCAGGCUGCUGUUAGAGAAACUUUAGCUCUGAUUGGAUAUACAGACCCUGUGGAAGGCUGGGGAAUUCGAAUCCUCAGCAUUGAUGGAGGAGGAACAAGGGGUUUAGUUGCACUUCAGACUCUACGGAAACUAGAAGAAUUAACUGGAAAGCCGGUUCAUCAACUUUUUGACUACAUCUGUGGUGUAAGCACAGGAGCUAUCUUAGCUUUUAUGUUGGGGUUGUUCCAUAUCCCCCUGGAUGAUUGUGAAGAGCUGUACCAUAAGUUAGGAUCAGAUGUUUUUAAGCAGAAUGUCAUUGUUGGAACAGUCAAAAUGGGCUGGAACCACGCCUUUUAUGACAGUGAUAUAUGGGAAAAAAUGCUCAAAGAAAAAAUGGGCUCAAAUCUUAUGAUUGAAACUGCAAGAAAGUCCAAAUGUCCAAAGGUAGCUGCAGUAAGUACCAUUGUAAACAGAGGAACACCACUGAAAGCAUUUGUGUUUAGAAACUACAACCACUUUCCUGGUGUGAAGUCCCAUUAUAUUGGAGGCUGUCAGUAUAAGCUGUGGCAAGCAAUUAGAGCAUCAUCUGCUGCACCAGGUUACUUCCAGGAAUAUGUUUUGGGCAGUGAUCUUCAUCAGGAUGGAGGUCUGCUCCUAAAUAAUCCUUCUGCGCUGGCAGUUCAUGAGUGCAAGUGUCUCUGGCCGAAUGUUCCAUUGCAAUGUCUGAUUUCACUGGGCACUGGUCGGUACGAAAGUGAGGUGAAGACCAAUGUCACACACACCAGUCUGAAAGCCAAACUGACGAAUGUUAUCAACAGUGCAACUGAUACAGAAGAAGUUCACACCAUGCUGGAUGCACUGUUACCUCCAGAUACUUAUUUCAGAUUUAACCCUCUUAUGAAUGAAGACAUACCCCUGGAUGAAAGUCGUAAAGAGAAACUCAGUCAGCUGCAGACAGAUGGAAUUCGUUAUUUAGAAAGAAAUGAAGAAAAACUGAGAAAAGCUGCAAAAAUAUUAACACAAGAAAAAUCAGCUUUGCAGAGGCUUCAGGACUGGCUAAAAUUAAAGGCUGACAUGUAUGAAGGCUUGCCAUUUCUUUCCAAAUUGUGAAUAAGUAAUGCGUGAAAGAUAAAUGUAAAUCUUCUUCCAGAAAAUCCAUUUGGUACUGUAAAGGAAGAAUAUUGAUUCAGGGUAAAUAACAUCUUUGGAAAGCUAUAAGAAUUCUGGGGAAAGCCAUUCAGGAUGGCUGUUUUGUGCACACUUGUUACAAGGUUUUAUGGUGUUAAUUAUUUCUGGAACUUAGUGAAUCUUACUGUUGCUCUACUUUAAUUUCUGAAAGUCGGUAAAACUGUAAAUUAUGGAAACAAUUGUGCAAUGCAUUUUUGGAUGUAUGUAUGAUAAUUACAAUGGCAGAAAACCUUUAUUUAUCAACUACCAGGCUUAUUCAAAGUUAACAAAAAAAACUAAAUCCUCAUUCACUUUAGUGUAGGCAUAACCUGUUAGGCUGUUAUGUAGGCAGUGAAUUUAAUAGAAAUGUAAUGUUCUUGCAAAAACUCGGCCUGUGUUAAUUGCACUUUUACAUCUGAAAAAUAACAUUUAAUUUUUUUUUUUAUUUUAGUGGAUUUUGUACGUAACAGUAUUGAGUAAAAUGUUUGGAUGACUAUAAAUGGCCUAUUAAAUUAUCAACAUCACCUGGUAUUUUUAGAACUUUCUGCUUAUUGUUGUUAUGGGAAUAACUUCAGAUCGAUUAAUUUUUUAUUUGAAAGUAAUCCCAAGCCCAAAACUUCAUGUGAGCAGCUAUUCCCAGUUACUAUUAAUAUUAGCUAUUCCAGUUAGCUAUUCCAGAUAAAGGAAAUAAAAUACUGAAAUAGCUCAUAUGAAUGAAAAAGUGUCUUAGAAAAGCUUCAGGUUUGGGUGCCAGUUCUAGUCAGAAAGAAAAUUAGAAGUUGAAACAUCAAAUUACAUAAUUUAUAUGGGUUCUCCUGAAAUUAUGUCAGAGCUGUGAAGUUAAUGUUUAGAACUUACUCCAGUCCUACUGCCCAUUCCUUUGAGCAUACUUCCUGCAUAUGCCAUGAGGGACAUGAGCUGUGACAACCCAAUGUAUCAAACAGCAUUUUCAACAACAGGGAGGUAUGUGGGAGUUCUUCAGAACAGUGCAGUGCUCUUUCAGGUGGACACGGCUGCUGCCACAUGUUGGCAGGUACCUGUUAAUAAGAUUGUUUGCCACGUGCCUCGGUGAGUGUUUGCCUUGUAGUAGGCAGCUUACAGUGCAUGAGAAUAUUGACUAGAUAAAAUAUAAGUUCUAUGCAGUAGCUAAAAGAUUCAAUUUCACCAAAAUCAGUGCAUUUGUCACUUUGCUGUCUGGAACUAAUCACCUGCCAUUGCAUUAUCUACUAAAAAUAGCAUUUAUUAUGAUAGUCACCUUUUGUACUUGUUUUAAAACAUUGAAAAUAUUAGGCUGCAGUUUGGAAAGGAACUAUGAGGCAGACAUCUGAGAUCCUUGGAGGUGCUACAUAGUAUUCUCGACUGUGCAAGAAAACAUUUGAUUGGGAUGUUUUGGCUUUUUUUAAUUUGAUAUAUUUUUAUUUUUGACAUGUAUGAUUUUACUCAGACAUUCAUCUUUUUCAUCCUCAGUUCUCUCCCUUGUAUUUGCCAUGCAAGGCAGAGAUUUAUGAUCAUAAUCCAUCUUUCAUUUAUACAGCCUCCCUUUUGCAUAACAAUUACUAAGAACUGAGUAGAAGAAUAAUGAGAUCAAACCUUUCCCAUAGGUGUGAGAUGAUUUAAGCAUAUAAAAAAGAAAUGCCAAUAUUAUUCUGAUAGUGGUACUUUGUACAGAGUUAAACUGUGUUGCCAACAUCCUAAGUCAAAACAAACAGUAUCAGGUAGUCUCAUGUAACAACACACAUUGCACACAUCCUUUCUGGCAAAGAGCAAAGUCACAGCAUCAUCCAUGAGAUAUCAAAGGCAUUAUUCUGAAUUCAUAAGUUUCCAGUCACAGUUUUUUGGGACAAAUAUUAUCUAACGAAACACAUGCCUAUCACAAAGUGAUAACAUUUCCAUUUAAUUUUUUUUUUUAUAAAUAAAAUCUCAUGUUCUGAGUAUUUUAUUUCAAAUAGGGUAAGAUCUGGAUUUGUGACAAUACUGUUUUUGCCGGAAGCUGCUGUCUUACCUUCAUUCACUACUUUUCCCCCUCUUCUUUAUUGCUGUAACAAUAUUUUUCAUAAGUGUGGCUUUUAAAAGUACACAUGGAAUUGAGUUUAACUAUGGAGUAAUUAAUUCAGACUGUUCUGGGCCUCUGUGUACAUAAAUUCACAAGAUGCUUGUAUUGAAUGCCUUCAAAUUAACUCUGUUAUCCUUUGUGUUGCAAGUGCUGCACUGUCAGUCACUAAUGAGGAGUUUGUUCUCCUUGCUAAACCAUAUUAAAAGGUGGAGAUGCAAUAGGUAUUUGACUUGAGCUAUAAUUAGAUUUUGGUUGAAAAAAUUAGCAAUUUGCCAAAAAUCCUAACUACUAUGGAUGUGUUCCUACAGCACUCUAUAUAAAGUAAAAGUAUUUUCUGGAACUUUUAGGCAUUGGCUGUGGAAUACUGCAUGAUACUUUAACAGCAGAAAAUGUAGUAAGAACUGUGGUGGAAUGAGAUCUUGCUAAAUUAGGAAACAAUUUUAAAUAAAAGGGGUUUAUUGGUAGGGAGCAGAGGAAUUAGCACUGGGUCAAAUACAAGCAGGUUUUAACUGAUUGUUGUGAUGGACUGAAGAACAUAAUUCCCUUCACAGAUGAAUCUAGCAGGGAUCAUGAAUAUUUUGAAAAAUAUGAUUUCAGUGCAGCAUGGAUUUGAGAAGAGAAUAGACUAGAAUGAAAGAAGUGCCUCUGAAGAAUAAAAAUGUUAACAACGGAAAAAGGAAUAUUCUACUGCAGAACAUCAUGUUAAAAGAAUCCUGCUUUGAAAAAAUACCCCUGGGAAUGCUGUGGGGCUAUCCAGUUAACAAACUGAAAUUGACUCAGCAGUCACAGCUACUAAAAUAACUGUAUCGCUGCACCAAAGAAUUCCUGGCCAGGAAAAUGUGAGCAAACCUGAAAAAAUUAGAUCAAUGUGAAUCUUGAGUCUAGGAUAAGCAAUCACAAGAAGACAAUAAGUAGAUAAGCAUUCUAUGUAACUUAUGCAUUCAGAGACGACUACAAGGUUUGUCUCACCAGAUGAAUGUUACUAUUUGAAAAUGUGCCUGUGUCCUGGAAAUAAAAUCAGGAACUUUAUUGGUGCCCCUGCCUAUAGCAAUGGGAUUGGAACUAGAUGAUCUUUAAGGUCUCUUCUAACCCAAGCUUUUCUAUGGUUUUGUGAUUAGUUUAGGCUUUAGUUGAGAAAGUGAAAAUGUCAGAUUUGCAAAAAAGACAAAAUAUCUUUGCUCUGAUUUUGGAAGGCAAAAAGAAAGAGUCCAAAUGAGCAAAUAAAAAGGAGUAGGCAUAAUAAUCUCCCUUUAGGGAAAAUUAGAAGGAAAAAAGACUUAGGUUUUCAUAUAUGACCUCUUAGGUCACCUCUUAGUUUCUAAUUAUCUAUGCAGAAAGAGAUGUUACUUGAAGGAGGUUUCAUUACCAAAGGAAAGAAAAUAAAACUUUUAAAUGUUGAAGUGUGAUCACUUUAAGAUACCUCAUGUCAGUGUCCAUUCCAGCAGUGAAAUGAAGAUACUGAUUCUAUUAUAUAUAUAUAUAUAUAUGUAUAUAUAUAUAUAUAUAUAUAUAUAAAUAUAUAUAUAUUAUAGUCAACAAACUGCAGGCAGACAGAGUUGACUAUAACUACAGCUUUGGUCAGUGCUAUUAGAGAAAGAGAUAUUCAGACUAAAACAGAUGCAAAGAAGGGCUGCCAAAGGGAAGAUUAGGAGAGUGUGGUAUGUUUCAUCCAACAAAACAAGGGCUAGAAGGAGAGAACUUGCUGCUGUUUAAAAAUACUUCAAGAAGGAAAAGACAGUAGGCUAAGGGACAACACUUGAAUAACACCAAAAGUGCUCAAACUUAGAAAGUAAAUUUAACCAGAAAGUAAAAGGUGCUAAACCCCUGAGGAGCAAGGUCACAGAAUAGCUACACAGAAUUAAAAGAGCAAAAGAAACUGAUUUAAUGUAAAUUUUAGAAAUCAAUCUCCUGAAGGGGGAUUCUGUAAUGCACUGUGCCUGCCAGUCUCCAUGGCCAACUGAAUCCCUUUAACCUGUGAGGCAGGUGAGAACUCAUUAAUUCCUCAUGUGUAGCAGAAUAGACUUGUGGAAGUGUCUAACAACUUCUUCUCUUUAGUUCUAAUUGAUAAGGAUUACGUCUUGUCUUUGAUCCAUUACUUACAUUUAAUUUAUUUUGCUUUUCUUGCUGAGCUGGUAAAGGGAGCUGAUACAUGCUGAAGUAAUACAAGACACAUGAUAGGUGAAAGAAAAAUCUGGUGUAUAUUUACUAUUUAUUGGUCACAUUAAUUUUUCAUCAGAGAUUAAAAUACAUAUAUUCUGCUGGGUCAACAAAUAGUGCUGGUUUUCUUCCAUUACAAGAUUAUUCUCAAAAUGACAAGUAUUAAAUACAAACAUAAUCUGUUCCGGGGAAGAUGUGUUAAGGCCUCCUCUUUCAGUUUAAGGACUGCACCCCAGGCCAUCUGUGAUACUAACCCAUAGACUUGUACAUUCAGCUACAUAAGGCAAGACAGAAAACCCGCUUGUUUGUGUUCUUUCAUGUCAUUGCUUAAACAGCGAGUAAAAUUUUCAGACCUUGCAGAACUGUUCUGUUUAAAGGACAGUUUGCUGCUAGAAGAUAUAUUCUUGGUGCAAUCAUUCAUUUACAAAGAAAAAUGAGCAUGCCAAAUGCCUCUUCCUCACAUUCUGCAGGAACAAGAUGAGUAGGCUCUUUCCUUGCUCCAGCUGCACUGAGGUGUGAACUCAAGGAGGUGCUUCCCCCCAGUUCCCCUGUUCGCUGCUCAGCCUCAUUCCCAUCCCUGCAGUUGUGUCUGCUCCUGGUAUGUGCCCAUUAAUUCCAGUGUGCCACCCAGUCCAGUGCUUGCUGAUGGCCUUCACGGCUUGCAGAUACUCACAAUUUUUUAAAUUGUUCUUUCUUCAAGAUUUAAUAAGAACAAUUCUAUUUAAUUAUUUUAAUUAAGUUAGCAGUUUUCAGAAAGGGGGAACCAUUAGCAAUUUUCAGUAUACUGUAAAAAUUAAACAAGCACUGAAAUCCUGUAUUACUUAUAUCCCUGGUAAUGCAUGUUUAAUUUAUGGAAACAAUUAAAUUUCGCUUUUUAUUUAUGAUUACAUUUUA